CGCCCCACCAGUCUGUGCCAUCUUGUAUUUAGCAAGAACAAAAACGGUGUAAGAAACAAGUCCAGCCUCGGGAUGGGGCGCAGGCUGUAGGACGAAUUUUAGGAGUAUAUUUUAAUACGGUCCGGUGUGACGGGACAACAUGCUCGGAAGUGGGGCGCCGCGGAGUCACAUCAGCCACACCCCGUAGAAUAGCUAAUGUUACCGUUAGCUUGCAAGCUAUCGAAGCUAAGCUAGCCAAUUAGCUAAGGCUAGUAACCCAGUAACGCAGGAGAGACAACUGGCGAGCUGAAAGUUUCUGCUCGAGCCAGCUUUAUUAGCAGUGUGUUUUCUGAGAGCUUAAUCUGUUUCACUGCUGCCCUGAAACCAGGAGGGACUUCGGUGGAAAUGGGCCAAACGUCGUGCUGAUUAUCUGCUGAGAGGAGACUCGGGCUAUGAGGAUAGAGGCUCGCUAGCUUGGCUGCUAACAGUUGUUUUUCGUUCCAGAGCGGAACCACAAUAAGCCGCGGCCCUGGCCAUGCCCUCGAGUGCACGGGCGGGCAAUCUCAAGGACCCGGAGGUGGCUGAUCUGUUCUGCAAAGAUGAUCCGGAGAAGCUCUUCGCUGACCUCCGUGAGAUCGGCCAUGGCAGCUUCGGAGCUGUUUACUUCGCCCGAGAUGUGCGCAACAAUGAGGUGGUGGCCAUUAAGAAAAUGUCGUACAGCGGCAAGCAAACAAACGAGAAAUGGCAGGACAUCAUCAAAGAGGUGAAGUUCCUGCAGAAGCUUCGCCAUCCGAACACUAUUGAGUAUCGAGGAUGUUACCUGAAGGAGCACACGGCGUGGCUGGUGAUGGAGUACUGCCUCGGCUCGGCCUCAGACCUCCUCGAAGUUCACAAAAAGCCACUCCAGGAAAUAGAAAUAGCUGCUAUUACCCAUGGUGCACUGCAGGGAUUAGCAUAUCUUCACUCACACAACAUGAUUCACAGGGACGUGAAGGCAGGAAACAUCCUGCUGACGGAGCCCGGUCAGGUCAAACUGGGGGACUUCGGUUCUGCUUCGAUCGUCGCUCCGGCCAACUCGUUCGUUGGGACUCCCUACUGGAUGGCUCCAGAGGUGAUCCUGGCCAUGGACGAGGGACAGUACGACGGCAAGGUGGACGUCUGGUCGCUGGGCAUCACCUCCAUCGAGCUCGCGGAGAGGAAGCCCCCACUGUUCAACAUGAAUGCUAUGAGUGCCUUAUAUCACAUCGCUCAGAAUGAAAGCCCCAUCCUUCAGUCCAAUCACUGGUCUGAUUCCUUCCGCAACUUCGUUGACUCCUGCCUACAGAAGAUUCCCCAGGACCGGCCUACCUCGGACGUGCUGCUCAAUCAUCGCUUCUUGUGUCGCGAGCGCCCGCUGACCGUCGUCAUGGACCUGAUCGCACGAACGAAGGAUGCAGUUCGGGAGCUGGAUAAUCUGCAGUACCGUAAGAUGAAGAAGAUCCUCUUCCAGGAGACCCAGCAGAACGGCCCCGUGUCUGAAGGAGGGGAGGAUGAGGAGGAGGUGGAGCAGUACCUGCUGCGGACCGGCACCAUCAACAGCAUGGAGAGCUCCCAGUCUGUUCCCAGUAUGUCCAUCUCAGCCAGUUCACAGAGCAGCUCCGUCAACAGUCUGGCCGACGCCUCCGACGACAGCAGCAGUGAGAUGGCCAUGAUGCAGGAGGGCGAGCACACCGUCACCUCCAACAGCUCCAUCAUCCACCGACCCACGGGUCAGGAUAACAUCUAUGAUGACCCUUACCAGCCAGAGAUGGACCAACCACAGGCUCCUUCAGCUGGACGCCGCCGAGCUUACUAUCGCAACCGUGACCACUUCGCCACCAUCAGAACCGCCUCACUUGUGACCCGUCAGAUCCAGGAACACGAGCAGGGCUCGGCACUGCGGGAGCAGAUGUCCGGGUACAAACGAAUGAGGCGGCAGCACCAGAAGCAGCUGAUGGGGCUGGAGAACAAGCUGAAGGCGGAGAUGGACGAGCACCAGCUGAAGCUGGACAAAGAGCUGGAGAACCAGAGGAACAGUUUCUCCACUGAGGCCGACAAACUGGUGAAGAAGCACCAGGCCAUCCUGGAGAAGGAGACGAAAGCAGCCAUCGCCGAAGAGAAGAAGUUCCAGCAGCACAUACUGGGCCAGCAGAAGAAAGAACUGACCAGUUUACUGGACUCACAGAAACGCCAGUACCGCCAGCGCAAAGAUCAGCUGAAGGAGGAGCUGAACGAGAACCAGUCGACUCCGAAGCGGGAGAAGCAGGAGUGGUUGAUCCGUCAGAAGGAGUGUCUGCAGCAGAUGCAGGCGGAGGAGGAGGCCAGUCUGCUGCGGAGGCAGCGGCAGUACUACGAGCUGCAGUGUCGUCAGUACAAGAGGAAGAUGCUGCUGGCUCGACACAACCUGGAGCAGGACCUGCUCAGAGAGGACCUGAACAAGAAGCAGACCCAGAAGGAUCUGGAGUGUGCCAUGCUGCUGCGGCACCACGAGUCCACCCAGGAGCUCGAGUUCAGGCAGCUGAGCUCGGUGCAGAGGACUCGAGCCGACCUGAUCCGAACGCAGCAUCAGACGGAACUGACCAAUCAGAUGGAGUACAACAAGCGCAGAGAGCAGGAACUGCGACAGAAACACACCAUAGAGGUCCGGCAGCAGCCCAAGAGCCUCAAGUCCAAAGAGCUGCAGAUCAAGCGUCAGUUCCAGGAGACCUGUAAGAUCCAGACCCGCCAGUACAAGGCCCUGAGGAACCACCUGCUGGAGAGCACUCCCAAAUCCGACCACAAGGCCGUCCUCAAACGCCUCAAAGAGGAACAAACACGUAAGCUGGCCAUCCUGGCUGAGCAGUACGACCACUCCAUCAACGACAUGCUGUCCACACAGGCUGUGAGUAAGCUGCGACUCGAUGAGACGCAGGAGGCCGAGUACCAGGUGCUGAGGAUGCAGCUGCAGCAGGAGCUGGAGCUGCUGAACGCCUACCAGAGCAAGAUCAAGAUCCACACCGACACUCAGCACGAGCGAGAGGUGAAGGACCUGGAGCAGAGGGUGUCCAUCCGCCGGGCGCUGCUGGAGCAGAGGAUCGAGGAGGAGAUGCUCUCCCUGCAGAACGAACGAUCGGAGCGGAUCCGGACUCUCCUCGAGCGUCAGGCUCACGAGAUCGAGGCCUUCGACUCGGAGAGCAUGCGACUCGGCUUCAGCAACAUGGCGCUGACCGGAAUCCCGGCCGAGGCCUUCAACCAGGGCUACCCGACCCCCAGCCCGUCCUCGGGCUCCAGCGGCUGGCCGUCGCGGCCCGUCCCGCGCUCGGGCAGCCACUGGAGCCACAGCGUCCAGAACUCGGUGGCGACUCCGUCCUGGCGCAGUCAGAACCACAGCGGAGGUGGCUUCAGCCGCGCCGAGUCCAUCACCUCCUCCCACGGCCUCGGCAGGGACAGCGAGCUGCACAAGAGCAGCAGGGUUCACUCCUCCUCCUCCACCUCCUCCUCCUCCUCCUCCCACCAUCACCAGCAGCACUACCUCCCGCAGCACUACCAACACCACCAGAGCACGCCGCAGCUGUACCGCGACGAGCGCGACAUCAGGGAGCGCGAGCGCGCCCGGGAGUGGGUGGGAGGUGGGGUCCACUACCCCCAUCACUCCCAGGGCCACCACCAUCACCACCACCACCACCUCUCCACCCACGCCUCCUCCCAGUCCCUGGCUCUCCUGCCUCCGCCGCCACCUCCUCCCCCCAUCUCCCUCUCGUCCUCCUCCCCUCCCUCCUCCGCCUCUUCCUCUUCAUCGUCGCAAGGAGGCUACGGAGGCGGGGGCCUGAGCGUCAGGGGCCCGACUCUGAUGGCGCUCAGGAACAGCCCCCAGCCUCUGAGGAGGACGGCGUCCGGGGGUCCGGGCGGCGGGGGGAGUGACGGAGGGCUGAGCCGGAGCACAUCGGUCACCUCCCACAUCUCCAACGGCUCUCACCUGUCCUACUCCUGAGAGGCUCCUCCUCCUGAGAGGCUCCUCCUCCUGAGAGGCUCCUCCUCCUGAGAGGCUCCUCCUCCAUGACCUUCUGCUUCUGUAAACAAACAAACAGGGCUACCACGUGUUUCAGAUAUCGAGAACAGAAGUAGAACCAGGCCCGUUAGAGAGAGAGUUCUGUUUUAGCAUGUUUUAAAAGGCUUCAUAGAGCUGAAGUCAAACAAACCAAACCCCAGUUUUAAAAGUGUAAAUUUAAACAUCUCCUUUCCUGAAGAAAGAGAGGAGAAGCCUUUACAGUCACUGUUCUGAACGAGUAUUAGCGUCACUGAGCUCUUCCACAUGUUACAGAGUUGCACAGAAACGGUGACGAACAAAAACAAACGUCACGUUCACACGUGAAAAUGAGCCGUGUGUCGCAAAAUGAACAAGUGGAACCGUUUUAAGAUCUAAUUUGAAUAAAACACUCGAGUCCAUUUGUGGAUUUUGCGACACACUGAUCUGUUGCACAGUAUUUAGUCGCCUGUUGGCCCAGUUUGAGAUUCAGGUUUGAAGUCGAGCGGGUUUUGAUUUUCAGUUUGUGUUUCAGUUUUGGAGGUGAGCGACAGGUGUGGAGCUUCCACUUGGCUAGCGGUGCUUUAAAAACCACUGUAACUAUGUAAAUAACGGUAAAUUGUAAACCCAGUUUUUUUUUUUUUGAUCUGUCAGUGUUUCAUACGUUCGGCGGGGGGUUUUAUUGACGACACAUUUCUUUUAUUUGUAGUGAUAAGAUUCUGUAUAUGACAACUGAACAAACACUGCCAUCUCAAGACGACUCGACCACUGCCCUUUAAAUCUUCUUAAAGGGGCAGUCCCACAUUUUGAGAUCGUUUGCCAUCUCGACUCGAGUCAGGAGACGAGGCGAAUCCUCGGAUUGCUCUGGGUGUUCAGAACAGAAGAAGGAAACUACAGAAGUGAUUAAUCUUUUUUCAGAUGAAUCCCAGCGCACAGUGAGAGGAAACGUUUCCACAUCGUCUGUUCAAGGAUGAAAAACAAGAGCGAGGAGUCUGUUUGUGACUCAUUUCAACAGUUAAACACUUCACUUGAAACAACGCUGCUCAUUCAUUCAUUCAGUCUAAAACGGUGAUUCCUGACCUUUUUAUUCUUAUUAUUUGGUCAUUUUGCCUUCUUUUAGUAGGAAGUCUUUGGUCAUUAAUAACACAAAAGAGAUCAUAAACAUGGAUUUUUAACCUGCAAGUUUGCAGGUUAUUCCAACAGUAAGAUCAGACUCGAUAAAUACAAACGUGGAGAUAUCUGGAUGUGAAGUUAGUCCUCAAUCUUUCCAUGUUCCCUGAAAUACACAGCAUAUGUUUUGAUAAAUCACUCAAACAUGUUCAGAUUCUGAGUUUAAAGUAUAAAUAUUCAUGUUAACACAUCUUGAACGAUCAGCUGGAGGUCAGAGACUUAAACAUUAAAGAGGGGGGCGAGUUUAAGAUGGCCGACUUCUUAAAACAGAAAGCAGGUUUCGUAGUUUUCUUAUCAAAUCCAGCCGACUUUAAGUAGAGAAGCAGCUCACCUGAGAGUCGUUACUGAUUCUUUUACUAUAAUUUUUUCUUUCUUCCAGUUUCUGUUCUGAACUCAGAGAAUCUGACUCGACUUAAAACAACAGACGAGAAAAAAAGUCUCAAAGUGUCGACGUGCUCCUUUAACAGGUCUGUGUGUGUGUGUGUGUGUGUGUGUGUGUGUUACCUGCCCCCCCCCCCACUCAGUCUGGUCUGCAUCUGUACAUACAAUGUACAUGUUACAUUACAGAUUAGAAAACAUUUCCGUGCAUGGACUUUGUGUACAGACGCCAUUUGUAUGGAUCAACAUGCACACUACCUAUUUAUAUAGAUGCAUAUAAAUGUAAGAUACCUGUAAAUGUGGCAGGUAUACUGAAGAUUGUUCACUGUCCAACACUUUUGACUUGCAUUGUACUUACCAGUGUACAUAAAAGCACUAACUCUGAGACUGUGUUAGAGUAAUAAUAAUGAUUAUUUUGUCACGUGACUUCAAACCGAUUUGUACUAGAUGCAGACAGAUAGAUGCUAUCAUCAUUAUUAUUACCUCUACUGCAGCUGUAAUAUUUAUGUUGUAUGCUACUUUUUAAAUAUGUAAUUGCCAAUUUUUGACCACUAGGUGGGUGAAUAAGCGCAAUGUUACUGUGAUAGAGCUAUAAAAAGACAAAAAUAUUAGUGUUUUUAAGGAGGACAUAAAGGACUACCUUUCCCAGCAUUCCUGUCGAGGUCUCAGGGGAGGAGUCUCCAGUUGUGGGCGGGGCUGCGUUCCACUUCUUAUCUUUUAUUUUUGAGCCAGUAGUAAAGCGUGGAGCGUCCACGGUCGAGCGGAGCGAUGUUUCCAGAUUCUUUCACUACGUUUUGGUGCCAUGUUGUUUUUUUAACUUUUUGAUUUAUGUUUCGAACUUCUUCAGUCGCCGCGCAAAAAAAAGGACGUUCCCCCAAAAACACACUGUAACCUGUGAACUACGGAGGCUCAGAGUGGACAAUGUCAGACGAUCACAGCAGAACAAAGAGUCGUGUGGAUACGUUUUGAUGAAUAUGAAACGGCUGAACAAACAAGUACUCAUUAUUUCAUUAACUCAGAGGAUGUCAGAAAGAUGUUUAUACGGAAAUCUCCUUUAGUUCAAACUAAAGUUCUGUUUUGUUUUCAUCCAAGACAUUUUUAGUUCAGAUUCUCCUUUUUAAACUGUCUUUAUUUAUGUCCAACAACCUGUAGAGGCAACAGUCAGAAAGGUAAAAGUCAAAACUACAUUUUGGCCUUCACGAUCUUCCGUACUGAUGCUCGACGUUUUGGUUUCCUGCAUUUUUUUAUUCAAUACAUUAUUUUUAUUCAUAAUGUUUGAGUUCAUAAGGUCACCAUCAUGAAAAGAGACAUUAUGAGUUUUAAUAAUUAGUUUCAGUUUAACGAGUUUUAAUGUUGAACUCGUUUUGUUCACACGACUCUUCGGUCCUGACGUCGUCUGUCGGAUGUCGAACACUUUGUGAACUCGACUCUUCAUCAUUUUAUUUUGCACAGUCCGAAUGGGUAGAAAAAUCCUCGGGUGGCUUCCUGCAGCAGGCGAUCGAACCAAUCAGCUGAUCGCUCUGACUUCCUGUCACGUGACCCUCGUGACGUCGCCGCUGCAGGACGCUGCUGCCGUGUGAUCUGAUGCUGUCUGUCAUGUCUACCUCAUUUGCACUGAUAGUAAAAGAAUGUUUGGUGGGUUAACAAAGAUUUGUAGUUUCUUUCCCGUAUUUUUUUUGCUUUUUGUGCAAAUGUUGCCGAGAUGCUGAAUGAGAGCCGGAGGGGCGACGGGUGAAGCUGGGUCCAGUUCGGUUCCCCUCCGCUGACUCGUCGUUACAGGACAUGCUGGACUUUGACCUCAGACACUAAAGACGCUCGCUGUCGAUCUGUGGAUGGAUGUUUGAACCUGCUGGUGGACGAACUUUCCCCAUCCUCAAAAAAACCUCAAGAAAAUGUUCAAACGUGAGAUUUCAAUUUGCCAACUUUGUUUUUUCUUUCUUUCUUUCUUUUUUUUUUUUUAAUGCAUCAUUUUGUAAAGGAGCUUCAGUCCUGAACCAUUCCUGUGUUAAUUCUGCCAAUUAAAGCUGCACUGACGAAGAUCGAGUCUCCGCAGAGAGACGAGUAGAUGUAGAUCCAUCAUGUUCAGGUGAUCACGUGGUCACAUGUUCAGGUGAUCACGUGGUCACAUGUUCAGGUGAUCUCUUGUUUCAGGUCCCAGCAGCAGAUAGACAUGAUCGUACUGUGAGUAGUUCACUGACAUCAGGAUUUCUGUGUUGUCAUGGUGUCAAACAGGAACAUUUUGGGAGAUUUUCGUGUUUGCCGUCGUCUCUGGAGUUGAGUUUUAUUAUUUUAAUGAUUCUUAGUUUGAUCACAGACUGAUAAACUUGCUGAGUUUUGUUAUUUCACAGAAAAAAAGAAUUGUCAGAAGACAUUUGACACCUGGACACGUUGAAAUACUGUAAAUCUGUGUUUCAAAUGAAAAAGCCCAAAUUGAUUUUAGUUCAGCUGCUACAAUGUGAGAAAAGAAAAGAAUGUUUUUAUCUGUUUGAUGUCAAAGUGAAGAAAAUAUUUCUGUUUCGGACAGAAGACGUGAUCCGACUCGUGACGAGCUGAAAACAGAAUGAUUUAUUUUUAUUGUGAAAUGUUUCUCCAUGACUCGAUGGCACACAAGCAAGUUUCCCAGAAUGCCGUUCUGUUAGUGUUCCUUGUUUUCUUCAUGUGGGUCCAUUUUGUUUCCUGGAGCAGUUUUAGUUCUGCUGCCGCCUCUCUCCCUCUAAAGACUCACACACCGACGGUCCGGCUGUUUGAGGCCGGCAGGUUCAGAAACUGACCGCUGUGGCGAUGAUGAUGAUGAUGAUGAUGAUGAUGAUGAUGAUGUUUGUGUGGCGAGCAGGAUGGAUGUUGGAUUAACGCGAGUUUCAAUUGUUCAGGUUCAAUGCAAAAUGUUCAGAGGAGCCGAGAGACGAGUUGUACAGAAACGUAACAAAAUAAUUUUGGAGAAAUAAAAGAACAAAAAGACGA